AUGUCGUGCGGAAACUCGUCGCCGGUUUUCUCACAGGGUUUCAUAAUUAUAAGAAGUCCGUACCAAUCCAACGAAAGUGGAGCUAUGGUAGUGCCCACUACAAAAUCAUGCAAUGAAAACCUGGACCCGGAUUCAGAACCUUUACGCUGCAAAAGGCGCUCAGAUAUGAACAAAAUUACUGGCGUAAAAACGCAAACAGGGUCCGUUAUGAGAAGGAACGAACGCGAACGAAAUCGCGUAAAACACAUAAACAAGACAUUCACUGUGUUGCGAUCACAUCUGCCAAAUGGACAAAACAACAAAAAGAUGAGCAAGGUUGAAACACUGAAAAGAGCCAUAGAUUACAUCAGAUAUAUGGAAGAUCUGCUAACUGAAACGGGCAACAAUUUUCUCAGUGGACAAGUACAAACGGAUUUGUCGUCUGGGGUGCCGUCCAGUAUGAAUUAUUCUGCCAAGAUACAAGUCCAUCCCUCAAUGGGCUCCUCACACGUAGAGGAACAGAGUUUCUUUCCUCAGAAUUUGCAAAAUCCAGUGACGACCCCCAAUCAAGCACGAACACCUGGUCUUAUGCCGCCAAUGUAUUACACUUGCACAUCUCCCGAGGGCUAUCAACAAGAAAACGUGCCAGCCACGCCGAACUCACCCGCAAAUUCCAUAUCAUCUGUCCUGUCGUCCGACUACAGCAGCCAAGUUUCAGAUUCGUCUGCUGAGGAUUUGAUGAACAUGGAUGAAACGGAUUUGGUGGAUUUUGCUAACUUGUUUUAA